GGGCCGUUCCUGGACGAGUGCGCAUGCUUCGGCCGACUCCUGAGGCGAGGUCUGUUCGAGAGGGUUGAUCGGGACGUGGAGGGUCCGCGUGCGCCAUGGCCAGCGGGGUUAUCAAAUGUAAGGCAGCUGUUGCCUGGGAGGCAGGCAAACCACUGUCUAUUGAGGAAGUGGAAGUGGCUCCUCCAGAAGCCCAUGAAGUUCGUAUCAAGAUUAUUGCUACUGCAGUGUGUCACACUGAUGCUUUUACCCUGAGUGGUGCUGAUCCUGAGGGGAGAUUUCCUGUAAUCUUGGGUCAUGAAGGAGCAGGGAUUGUGGAGAGUGUUGGGAAAGGAGUGACUAAAUUUAAACCAGGAGACACAGUUAUCCCUCUAUAUGUUCCUCAAUGUGGUGAAUGCAAGUUUUGUUUAAACCCUAAAACGAACCUCUGCCAGAAAAUAAGAGCCACUCAAGGAAAAGGAGUGAUGCCUGACGGCACCAGCCGCUUCUCCUGCAAAGGAAAGCAAGUUCUCCACUUCAUGGGAACGAGCACAUUUUCAGAAUACACGGUUGUUGCUGAUAUUUCCCUGGCCAAAAUAGACCCUUCAGCUCCCUUAGACAAAGUCUGCCUGCUCGGGUGUGGAAUUUCUACAGGUUAUGGGGCAGCCUUGAACACUGCAAAGGUUGAACCUGGUUCUACCUGUGCUGUCUUUGGCUUGGGCGGAGUUGGGCUAGCAGCUAUCAUGGGCUGUAAGGUGGCUGGUGCAUCCAGGAUCAUUGGGGUUGACCUCAACAAAGGCAAAUUUGCCAAAGCCAUGGAAUUUGGGGCUACAGAAUGCAUCAGUCCUGAGGAUUUCAAGAAGCCUAUUCAGGAAGCCCUGGUUGAGUUGACAGAUGGAGGAGUAGAUUACUCAUUUGAGUGCAUCGGGAAUGUUGGUGUCAUGAGAGCAGCCUUGGAAGCAUGCCAUAAAGGUUGGGGAGUAAGUGUGAUAGUCGGGGUUGCUGGCGCUGGUCAAGAAAUUGCUACCCGCCCAUUCCAGCUGGUUACUGGUCGAACAUGGAAAGGGACUGCCUUUGGAGGUUGGAAAAGCGUAGACAGCAUACCGAAGCUGGUAGCUGAAUACAUGUCCAAAAAAAUAAAAGUGGAUGAAUUUGUGACCCAUACUCUACCUUUUGAGAAAAUUAAUGAAGCUUUUGAACUUAUGCAUGCUGGAAAGAGCAUCCGAACUGUUCUAAAACUUUAAAAGGACUGAAGAAAUAAUUUUUACAACUACUCCACACACCUUUUGGAAUAAUUGUAAUCAAGUUGGAAACUGCAUCUACAGUGAAAGAAAGCAUUGAUCAUGCCUUAAAAUAGCACAUACCAGCUCUUGUUUUUUAAAUAUACAAUGCACUCUUUUUCUAUCUUACUGGAUCAGGAAAUAUCAAACUGUAGAUUGAACUGUAGAUUUACUUAAAAAUCAGGAACUAUUUUUCUUCUAUUUUUUUCUUCUUCUUUUUUUCUUCUUAUCAGUUUAGGGUAUUUUUGCCCUUGGGACAAAAAUCAUGAUUAAAGCUUAUUGCUAACUUAUAGGGAUAUAAGUGUGUUCUUUCUCCUUUUAGGUAAUCCAGUUUAUAGCAUAUAGCCAUUCAGGAAUUCUGUUGUAGUUCUGGUCUGUUUCAAUAGAGGUAAUGAAAGUCAAGCAAAAGCAAGAAAAGUCUUACUACAACUGUGGAUUGCAUAAUUAGGCUCUUUGUGGUUUUCAAGAACUACGUAAUGCUAUGAAUAAAUAACACAGCUCCAAGUUAGACAUACUAUAGCAUUUAUUCAAUGGGGGGAAUAGCAAUCAGCAGAAGACCCCCAUAAAUUAAUCCAGGAUAGGUUCCCCAUACUCAUGUAUUUCACAUAGUUAUUGUAAGUGGAAGUAUUAUACAAAUUGGUCCUUGAGAAAAUAUAAACUUGAUGCAAAUGGCUAUAGCUAUAAUGGUAGGAGGUUUGAUGGUUCAAAUUUGACAUUCUGACUUAUUUGGUUGGAGUGUCUUCUGGUUAAAGUGCAUUCUGGAGAAGCCGCUGAUACUUGUUCAGAAAUAUAUGUUCCAUUCCAGCCUUCUCACUUGUGGCACCUCCCAGUGUGUUGGACUACAGUUCACAUAAUUCUUGGAUUUACCUAUGGCAUGGUCAAACAGAGUUCCAGAGGACUGAGACAUCACUAAGAUGAUUUCAAAAGCUGUGGUAGAGAAAAUCAUCCUUCCUUACAAUUACAGUGGAAACUAUUUCUGAUAACUAGAACUCGAUUUCACCCUUCCUUCUUAUUAAAUUGACUGAUCCACAGUAA